AUGAGGCUGUAUGUGAUCAUUCCACUGUGUGCUCUGCUCACCGUCACCAAGCAGGAGCAUACAGAGUGUACAUGCGAGCUGAAUAACUCAGAGAGAAUAUUCCCCCAUGAAAAACUCAGAAAAGUUGAAAGCAGUACAUCAGACUGCAAAAGCAACAUCAUCCCACAGAAGUCUGUGGAGCUGAAGAGUCUACUGCAGGGGUUGGAGCAACGUCUUACCCAGCUGAGCAAAGAUGUGCUGAUCCUGGAAAAAGAGGAUGACAGAGGGCUGUAUGGCAUUCUCAGCCUGUAUCUUAUAGAGAAUGAAAUGAAUGAGAUCAAGCAGCUGAUUGACAAGCUCAACAGCACCACCCAGGAACACCAGAUCCUCACUGCUAGCGCCACUCGCCAGCUGGAGAUCAUGAAAACAGAAAUGAAAGCGCUGGAGAAGUUCGACACCAUGCAGGUGAUAAAGGGACGACAAACCAUCGAGGUUCUGAGGACAGACCUGGACAGUUGCAAAAAGGAAGUGAAGGCACUCACCCAGCUUCCACAGCUUCCACAGGGUACUUGUCCUCGCAGCCGGCUUGUUAGUGUUACCGGGCCAGUGUUCUACACAGAAGGAGAGUAUCCUGGCUUGUAUUCUUAUGGAGCCUGGGGCUGUGAUCCCAAACCAGAGAAAGGGAAAGAAAACUGGUAUUGGUUGGUGAUGAUGACUUCCAACAACAGAUACUCCAACUACAUUCGUUUUUACUCCAGCCUGAACUCUCUCAUUAGGGGGGUGAGUGCCCCAGGAAAUGUCUAUAUCCACACCUCUAACCCAACUACCAACACCAUCCAGGGUCCAAAUAAUGUUCUAUAUAACUCAAAGGCUAACUUCUGCCACCUUGAGGAGUGUUACCCAUACACUGAUCUGGAUCUUGCAACAGAUGAAUCUGGUGUCUGGGUGGUCUUCACCACCUCCCUGGACUUUGGCAACAUGAUCCUGUCCAAGGUGGAGGAGGGUGAACCACCUGCACUUGGAAAGACCUGGCAAACGUCAGUGUACAAGCAGGCAGUGACCAACACCUUCAUGGCCUGCGGUGUUCUCUACGCCACACGUUACGUCAACCAAGAGCUCGAGGAGAUCUUUUACUCAUUCAAUACCGUGACGGGGAAGGAGCGGUUCAACCUAGGCAUCUUCAUCAGCAAGAUUUCUCCCAACAUUCAAGCCCUGAACUACAGCCCUGUGGACCAGACACUACAUGUCUACUCUGACUCCAACAUGGUUUACUAUAAAGUGAUUUUUGAGUAA